AUGGUAUCGACGAAGUCAAUGAAAGCGGCAGAGAAGGCGGCUCAGGCAGCCGAGAAAGGCACCGAUGCGGGCGAUGGAGGGCUCGACGGGGUGGUGGAGGAUCUUACGGAGAUCGAGGAGCUGAGGAAGGUCGUGGAGACACAAACAGAGAGGCAAGCGCGAAUGGAGGAGGAGCUGAAUGGGCUGCAGGCGAAGGCCAGAGAUCACGGCCGCACCCUUGACGCGCUGUUGGCGGCGGUGGAGGCGUUUCAGGGGCAGGUGAGCAGCCUGACGGAGGCUUGGAAGAACGGUGGGGCCGGAGCUGGCGGCGGCGGGCAGCCAUGGGUGGAAGGAGGAGCGCCGGGGGAGGGCUCUUCCUCGGUAGCGGCGCUCGGCGGCCAAGGCGCCGAGCGGGUCUCGACGGACAGGGAGGCGGACGAGUCGGGCGAGAAAGGGGGAUCGGCGGCGGCCAACCCUAACCGGACACCCGUCUCACGUACGGGCCACGUCUCUUUCGGCCCAACAACCAAGGAUGGGCUGUUACCGACCCCAACGGCCCAGGAGGUGGCGCGCGCGCGCGGCAAGGCCAAGAUGGCCGAGUACGUGGACCCGGACCUGCAAACGGGCCUGGACGGGGAAGAGUUGGUGGACCUGGAGCAGGAGUUUGAACAUGGGCCAUGGCCCAACGAGCUGUAUGGGUUAGGGGCGGAUCACAGAGGGGACGAAGGCAGCCAGGUGGGCCGAUCUGGGAUGGAAGGUGGGCCGGGUGGAGGUCGGAGGGAGGCGGGCCGCGGCUGGAGGAUGGGGCGGCCGGGAGCCGUGGGCCGAAGCCCCUCGGGCCGGGGCGACAUGGGCCGAGCAGGACCGAGUCGGGCCCCACUGGUCGGGUCGAACUCGGUCGGGCCGAACUCGGUCGAGCCGAACCCGGCCGGACCGGAUUGGGUCGAACCCUGGUCGAACCGGUUCACCCGACGGGAUACGCAGCCCAGGCGGCAGCAGGGGUUACCCAGCUCCUCAAGGCCAGUUCGAUGA